CUCCGCCGCGUGGGGCUCGGCUGCAUGGCAGCGCCGCGGGCGGGGAUGGAGCCCGGGGCAGCUCUGGGGGUCGGCGCGCGGCGGCUCUGCAACAUGGCGCGGGCGGAGCCUUUCGCCGCGGUGCUGGGCGCGCUACGGGGCUGCUACGCCGAGACCACGCCGCUGGAGGCCUUCGUCCGGCGGCUGCAGGAGGGUGGCACGGGGGAGGUCGAGGUGCUGCGGGGCGACGACGCGCAGUGCUACCGGACCUUCGUGUCGCAGUGCGUGGUGUGCGUCCCCCGAGGGGCUCGCGCCAUCCCCCGGCCCAUCUGCUUCCAGCAGUUAUCCAGUCAAAGCGAAGUCAUCACAAGAAUCAUUCAGAGACUGUGUGAAAAGAAAAAGAAGAACAUCCUUGCGUAUGGAUACUCCCUGCUGGAUGAAAACAGUUGUCACUUCAGAAUUUUGCCAUCUUCGUGCAUAUAUAGCUACCUGCCCAAUACUGUAACAGAAACGAUUCGCAUCAGUGGCCUCUGGGAAAUGCUGCUGAGCAGGAUAGGGGACGAUGUGAUGAUGUACCUGCUGGAGCAUUGUGCACUCUUCAUGCUGGUUCCCCCAAGUAACUGUUACCAGGUCUGCGGGCAACCAGUUUAUGAACUUAUUUCACAUAACAUAGGACCAUCCCCAGGGUUUGUUAGACGACGCUACUCAAGGUUUAAACAUAACUGCUUGCUUGACUACGUACGAAAAAGGCUUGUGUUUCACAGGCACUAUCUUACCAAGUCACACUGGUGGAAGUGCAGGCCAAGACGUCAAGGUCGUGUCUCCAGCAGGAGAAAAAGAAGGAGCCAUAGGUUACAAAGCCUAAGGUCUGGUUACCAGUCUUCUGCAAAAGUGAACUUUCAAGCAGGCAGGUGGAUCACCACAGUUACUGCACGUCUGGAAAAACAAAGCCACUCCGGUGUAUGUUUGCCAGCUAGAGCACCAUCUUUAAAGAGGAAGCAUGAUGGAGAACAGGAUGAAAUCGUAGCUAAGAGAGUGAAAGUAAUGGAGAAAGAGACAGAGGAGCAGGCUUGUAAUAUCAUUCCUGAUGUAAACCAAAGUAGUUCCCAGAGGCAUGGAACCUGGCGUGUAGCACCACGUGCUGUAGGGCUUAUUAAAGAAAGUUACAUUUCUCAAAGACAUAACGGUGAGGUGUCUCGUCCUUCUGUAGUUCACAGAUCUCACCCUGUGAGGAGGCCUGUAGCAGACAAAAGCUCUUUUCCACGAGGAGUUCAGGGUAACAAACGCAUAAAGACCGGUGUAGAAAAACAAGCAGAAUCCAAUAGAAAGGGCAUAGAGAUGUAUAUAAACCCAAUCCAUAAACCCAAUAGAAAGGGCAUAGAGAAGCUUGUAAAUCUAGCCCAUAAACCUGGAUUGGAUUCUGUACAAACCGAACCAAUGGAAAGUGCUUCUUCAGAGGACAGAAAGCAGGAAAAUCCCCCAGCUCAUUUGGCAAAGCAGUUACCAAAUACAUUCUUGCGCUCUGCAGUGUAUUUUGAGAAGAAGUUUCUUCUGUAUUCCCGCAGUUACCAAGAAUAUUUUCCUAAAUCAUUCAUACUGAGCCGCCUGCAGGGUUGUCAGGCAGGUGGAAGGCGGCUUAUAGAAACCAUAUUCUUAAGCCAAAACCCAUUAAAGGAAAAGCAGAACCAAAGCCUACCACAGCAAAAGUGGAGAAAGAAGAGGUUGCCCAAACGCUACUGGCAAAUGAGAGAGAUAUUUCAGAAGCUGGUAAAGAACCACGAGAAGUGCCCUUAUUUAGUUUUCUUGAGAAAAAAUUGCCCUGUUUUGCUUUCUGAAGCUUGUUUGAGAAAAACGGAGCUGACCUUGCAGGCAGCUCUGCCUGGGGAAGCAAAGGUUCACAAGCACACAGAACGUGGGAAAGAGUCCACUGAGGGUACUGCGUCGAACAGCUUCCACACUCCUCCCUCAAUGCCAGCAUGUGGGCAACCAGAGAGAGGGGAGCAGCACCCUGCAGAGGGGAGCGAUCCGCUCCUCAGGGAGCUGCUCAGGCAGCACAGCAGCCACUGGCAGGUGUAUGGCUUUGUGAGGGAGUGCCUGGAGCGGGUGAUCCCUGCUGAGCUGUGGGGUUCAAGCCAUAACAAAUGCCGGUUCUUUAAAAACGUGAAAGCAUUCAUUUCCAUGGGGAAGUAUGAUAAGCUUUCUUUGCAGCAGCUGAUGUGGAAGAUGAGAGUGAAUGACUGCGUGUGGCUUCGUCUGGCCAAAGGUAAUCACUCUGUUCCUGCCUAUGAACAUUGUUACCGUGAAGAAAUUUUGGCAAAAUUCCUAUACUGGCUGAUGGAUUCCUAUGUUAUCGAGUUGCUCAAAUCAUUUUUCUAUAUCACCGAGACUAUGUUCCAGAAAAACAUGCUUUUCUACUACCGAAAGUUUAUCUGGGGCAAGUUACAGAACAUUGGAAUUAGAAACCAUUUUGCCAAAGUACAUCUACGUGCUUUAUCUUCAGAGGAGAUGGAAGUGAUCCGUCAAAAAAAGUAUUUUCCUAUUGCAUCAAGGCUCCGGUUCAUUCCUAAAAUCAAUGGUUUAAGACCUGUAGUAAAACUAAGCCGUGUUGUUGAAGGACAGAAACUCAGCAAGGAAAGCAGAGAAAAGAAGAUACAGCGCUAUAACACUCAGCUAAAAAAUCUCUUUAGUGUGUUAAAUUAUGAACGAACUGUAAACACCAGUAUCAUUGGCUCUUCAGUAUUCGGGAGAGAUGAUAUCUACAGGAAAUGGAAGGAGUUUGUUACAAAGGUUUUUGAAUCAGGUGGUGAAAUGCCUCAUUUCUACUUUGUAAAGGGUGAUGUAUCCAGAGCUUUUGAUACCAUUCCUCACAAGAAACUUGUGGAAGUGAUCUCACAGGUCUUGAAACCUGAGAGCCAAACUGUCUACGGAAUACGGUGGUAUGCAGUGAUUAUGAUUACCCCAACUGGAAAAGCCAGGAAGCUCUAUAAGAGACACGUUUCUACUUUUGAGGAUUUUAUUCCAGACAUGAAGCAGUUUGUGUCCAAGCUUCAAGAGAGAACCUCAUUACGAAAUGCAAUAGUAGUUGAACAGAGAUUUUUACUAAACUGUUACAGUCUAAUUCUUCAGUGCUUAACUUUUAAUGAGAACAGUUCCACCCUGUUUACUUUCUUUCUUCAAAUGUUACAUAAUAACAUCCUGGAGAUUGGGCGCAGGUACUAUGUACAGUGCUCUGGAAUCCCGCAGGGUUCCAUUCUGUCAACCUUACUUUGCAGCUUAUGCUACGGAGACAUGGAAAAUAAAUUGCUCUGUGGAAUCCAGAAGGAUGGAGUCCUAAUACGUCUUAUUGAUGACUUUUUGCUGGUUACACCACACUUAAUGCAGGCAAGGACUUUUCUAAGGACUAUAGCAGCAGGUAUUCCUGAGUAUGGCUUUUUAAUAAAUGCCAAGAAGACAGUGGUGAAUUUUCCUGUUGAUGAUAUCCCGGGAUGUUCCAAGUUCAAACAGCUGCCAGAUUGUCGUUUGAUCUCAUGGUGUGGCUUAUUAUUGGAUGUGCAGACUCUUGAGGUUUAUUGUGAUUACUCCAGUUAUGCCUUUACUUCUAUCAGAUCAAGUCUUUCCUUCAAUUCAAGUAGAAUAGCUGGGAGAAACAUGAAAUGCAAAUUGACUGCAGUCCUCAAACUGAAAUGCCAUCCUUUGCUUCUUGAUUUAAAGAUUAACAGCCUUAAAACAGUUCUAAUUAACAUCUACAAGAUAUUUUUACUUCAGGCUUACAGGUUCCAUGCCUGUGUUCUUCAGCUUCCAUUCAACCAGAAAGUUAGGAAUAAUCCUUAUUUCUUCCUAAGGAUAAUCUCCGAUACUGCUUCAUGCUGCUAUUUUAUCCUGAAAUUUAAAAAUCCAGGGGUUUCUUUAGGUAGCAAAGAUGCAUCUGGCAUGUUCCCUUUUGAGGCAGCAGAAUGGCUCUGCUACCAUGCCUUCAUUGUCAAACUGUCCAGCCACAAAGUUAUUUACAAAUGCUUACUUAAGCCCCUUAAAGUCUAUAAGAUGCAUCUGUUUGGGAAGAUCUCAAAGGAUACUAUGGAACUACUGAAGACAGUGACGGAACCAUCUCUUUGUCAAGAUUUCAAAACUAUACUGGACUAAGUGAUGAAGGUUUAUUUCAUAAUCCUUCCAGGCUUAAAAACAAAUGUUAAGUUUUUAGAUUACUUUUCUCUGUAGCUAAUUUUGGUAGAGUGAACUGAAAGCAUCUUUACAUGAAAGGUUUCUUUUUUUUGGGGGGGGGGUGUACUACACAAUGACUUAAAAAGAGUAGGCUGUUUUGUUUGCAUCUUCAUGUUUGUGUUUUUCUCUAAGUUUGAAGGCUGUUUGAAGCACAGCCUGUGAACUUGACUUGAUUUCCUUCAGUAAUUCCUGUCUUUUUGAUGAAGACAUAUUUAAACUAUCUGUAUAAACAGAUCAACAUUUUUGUUGUGUAUUGUUUCUGAAGAACUGUUCUUUGAUUUUCUUUUGCGGACAAUUUUAUAAUAAAUUGUCUACAUAGUUGCAAUAAUG